CAGCACUCUGUUACCAUCAAAGAAAUCUCCCAUCCAAACCACUGGCCGCAAUUUCAGGCUUUUCAACGUCAACAGCCUGCCUACACACUGAUACCACCAAACAACAUAAUAAUCCACCAAGAUUCACAUAAUCAAAAUCCAUAGUUGAUUUUGUCGGAAGGCCCGUUGAAAACUCCAUCUCGGCCGAUAAUCCCAGACAUGUCCUCAGUCAAGCGGAAGAUGCCCGCCACUCUAUUGCAGAGGAGGGUUAGACCUAGAUACGAGCCGGAGCCUGAAUCUGACAUUGAAGGUGCCGUGAGCGAUGCGCCGAGUGAAGAGACCGUCGGCCCUAGUGAGUCAGAAGGCAGUGAAGAUGAAGAUGGAGAUGAGAUGAGGAGCGGGAGUGAUGAUGAGGAAAAUUCGGACAUUGGGUCAGACUCAAGAGAUGAUGAAGAGGACGAGGAAGACGAGGAGGACGGUGACAGCCGCCAAAUCGACGCCUCCCAACUCACCUUUGGCGCACUCGCCCGGGCUCAAGCCUCGCUGGGCUCUUCAUCAAGACGGCAGCGUGGACAAACCGACAGCUCCAAACCUGCCUCCCUCGAGACCAAGUCAAGAGGGGACGGUCCCGAGCCCACCAGCAACAAAAAGCCCGAGAAACCCCCCCACCGGACAAGCAAGCACGCGCCCGUCGAGAUGAGCAGCAAGAAGCCCGUCUCACGCAAGCGCGAAUUCCUAACUGUUACGGCGCCGCUGCAAAAGAAGCAGCCGCGGGACCCGCGCUUCAUGCCCGUGGGCGGCGGCGCCCCUACCUCCGCCGCCACCAACACCGUGUCCGAGAUCAAGGCGCGCAAGGCGUAUGCCUUUCUGGACGAGUACCGCGAGUCCGAGAUGCAGCAGUUGCGGGAUGCCAUCAAGAAGACGAAAGACCCGGUCCAGCGCGAGGCGUUGCAGCGGGCGCUCAUGUCGAUGGAGAGCCGCAAGAAGGCGCAGGAGCGCAAGGAUCGCGAGCGUGCCGUGAUUGAAGAGCAUAGGAAGCAGGAGAAGGAGCUCGUUAAGCAGGGCAAGAAGCCGUUUUAUCUGAAACGGUCGGAGAGAAAGAAGAGGGUGCUGGUGGAGCAGUUCCAGGGGUUGAAGAAGAAGCAAGUGGAUAAGGUUAUUGAGAGGCGGAGGAAGAAGAUUGCGGCUAAGGAGAAGAAGUUGCUGCCCGUUGCGAGGAGGGGGGUGGAGGAUAGGUAGAUGGAAUUAUGGAAAUGAGGCUGGUGGUAUUGAUAGAGAUGAUACACCGGCGCGUCAUCGGCGGCCGUUGUCUAGUGGUAUGCAUACAAGUCUAAAUGGCGGGUUACAUAUGCCUUCUAUGUUUACAAUACAGUACAUAAUACACUCCUC